CCUGACGUCAGGCGGCUGGAGACAAGCGCCGAGGGGGCGCUGCCAUAAGCGGAGGGCGAGUGCGCCUUUAAGAAGCGCCCAGCGGAACAAUAAGCGGCUCGCCGUGUCAAUGCCCUAACAAUGGAGCUCAACGGUGCCCUUUCGCUAAAACUCGCAUUUUGGCUCUGCUGCGUAGGAUACGCCGGAGGCCAUUACGGGAACCCCCUAAGUAAGUACAUCCGUCACUACGAGGGCCUGUCCUAUGACACGGACGUCCUGCACGGCAAGCACCAGCGGGCCAAGCGAGCUCUAUGCCAGGAGGACAGCUUCCUGCACCUCGAGUUCCACGCGCAUGGGAGGCAUUUCAAUCUCCGAAUGAAGAGGGAUGUCAAGCUCUUUGCCCCGGACUUCAAACUGGAGAUGCUGGGAGAAGAUCCGAACUACGACACGUCCCACAUCUACUCGGGGGAGGUGUAUGGGGAACCCGGCACCCUGAGUCAUGGCUCCAUUGUGGAUGGAAAGUUCGAGGGCUUCAUCAAAACUUUCCACGGCACAUACUAUGUGGAGCCCGCCGAGAGGUACCUGAAGGACCGCGACGUGCCCUUCCACUCCAUCAUCUACCACGAAAACGACAUAGAUUACCCACACAAGUACGGGCCGCAGGGGGGGUGUGCGGACCACUCCGUGUUCGAGAGGAUGCGGAAGUACCAGGGUUCUGCUAUGGAGGAGCCAGCAAAGGAGGACGACAAAGCGAGAGAGGAGGGGGGUCAGGCUGCGGGGACCGAGCUGCUCAGGAAACGGCGAGCCGCGCAGGUGGAGAAGAACACCUGUCAGCUCUUCAUCCAGACCGACCACCUCUUCUACAAGUACUACGGUACCAGGGAGGCCGUGAUUGCACAGAUCUCCAGCCACGUUAAGGCCAUCGACUCCAUUUACCAAAGCACUGACUUCCAAGGUAUUCGGAACAUCAGCUUCAUGGUGAAGAGGAUCCGGGUCAACACCACGGUUGAUGAACGGGACCGGACCAAUCCCUUCCGCUUUGCCAACAUUGGGGUGGAGAAGUUCCUGGAGCUGAACUCGGAGCAAAACCACGAUGACUACUGCCUGGCCUACGUCUUCACGGACCGCGACUUUGACGACGGGGUGCUUGGUCUGGCCUGGGUGGGGGCCCCUGCAGGCAGCUCGGGGGGCAUUUGUGAGAAGAGCAAGCUGUACUCAGACGGCAAGAAGAAGUCGCUGAACACCGGCAUCAUCACCGUGCAGAAUUACGCCUCCCACGUGCCGCCUAAGGUCUCUCACAUCACCUUUGCCCAUGAGGUCGGGCACAACUUCGGUUCCCCGCACGACUCUGGUACAGAGUGUACACCAGGGGAAUCCAAGAGCCAAGACCUGAAGGAGAAAGGGAACUAUAUCAUGUACGCCAGAGCCACGUCUGGGGACAAGCUUCACAACAACAAGUUCUCCAUCUGCAGUGUGCGCAACAUCAGCCAGGUUCUGGAGAAGAAGCGAGCCAGCUGCUUCGUGGAGUCGGGCCAGCCCAUCUGCGGGAACGGCCUGGUGGAGGCGGGCGAGCAGUGCGACUGCGGCUACAGUGACCAGUGCAAGGAGCAGUGUUGCUACGACGCCAACCAGCCGGACAACCUGAAGUGCAAGCUGAAGCCAGGGAAAGUCUGCAGCACCAGCCAGGGCCCCUGCUGUACCCCCGAGUGUACCUACAAAACCCGCAACGAUAAGUGCCGUGAGGAGUCGGAAUGCGCCCACCAGGGCAUGUGCAGCGGGGGCUCCGCCAACUGCCCCGCCUCCGAGCCCAAAGCCAACUUCACCGCCUGCCACGGGGACACACAAGUCUGCCUCAACGGGGGCUGCUCAGGCUCCAUCUGCGAGAAGUACGGCCUGGAGGUGUGCACCUGCGCCAGCGUGGACGGCAAGGACGAGACGGAGCUGUGCCACGUCUGCUGCAUGGAGAGAAUGAAGCCUAACACUUGCAGCAGCACUGGGUCCGAACUCUGGAACCGCUUCUUCAACAAGAAGGUCACCACUCUGCAGCCGGGCUCGCCGUGUAACGACUUCCGCGGCUACUGCGACGUCUUCAUGAAAUGCCGCCUGGUGGACGCCGACGGGCCGCUGGCCAGGCUCAAGAAGGCCAUCUUCAACCCGGAGCUCUACGAGAACAUCGCCGAGUGGAUUGUGGCACACUGGUGGGCGGUGUUGUUGAUGGGCAUCGCUCUCAUCAUGCUGAUGGCCGGCUUCAUUAAGAUCUGCAGCGUCCACACGCCAAGCAGCAACCCCAAGCUGCCGCCACCCAAACCCCUGCCAGGCACGCUGAAGAGGAGGCGACCGCAGCACACACAGCCCCAGCCUCAGCCCCAGCGCCACCAUCGGCAGCCCAGAGAGAACUACCAGAUGGGUCAGAUGAGGCGCUGAGGCGGCCGCCCUGUGCCUUGGUUCUACCUAGUGCCUACAGCAGGAAAACGUCACUCCAAAGAGUCACCAGUUCCAGCCAGUCAUCGUCCCCCCGCGCCUGGACCCCACUGCACCCUCACUCUCUAAGCAAAGCCCACAACUCAACCCCUACGUCCCAUUUCCACCUAAACAAUGAAGGAUUCGGAAUCAGAGUGGUUCCUGGACACCGGGGGGGGGGGGGGGGGGGGGCAGACCUUUUUUUAACCGCUCUCUUCCAAACAGCGAGAUGGAUGAGAACCUAAACUCGUGUAUGAUUUGAUUUUCCCCACUUACGUUUAAUUUCUCCUCCCUGUAAUUUAUUUUUUUACGGAAUUCCCCCGAAUCCGGGUCACGGUUUUACUUCUAUUUUUUGUUAAUGGCGUAACGUCCCAGACAGCGCAGAAUGCAGGCAACGAGGGUGUAUUUUUUUUUUGCUGCCAACCGAGGCCUGGGAUUGGAGGGGACCUGCAGCUGGACGUGACUGGAUAGCCAAUGUAAUUAACGUUUGUUAGAGACCAACGACCACAUGAAAUCCAGGCUUCUUUCUAACACGGAUGCUCACCGAUCUUCUGUGUGCAAUUGUACAGAUUGGCAAUAUGGACUUUUUUUCCCUCGUUGUAUCAUAAGAAGAAAAAACAGGCUUUCUCUGCUGUUUGGAGAUGAUUAACUGUUUUAAAUGUCACUCUCAGGAUUCGAAAAAAGGAUGCGAAAUGGGGCGUUUGAGGAACCAGAACCAGGGUCUCCUGGGAGUCCAUGGGUGCAGAAUCGGAGGGAGAACGUCCUGUUGUAUGUCACAUGUCAGCAUCCUGCAGUCGCUGGGCUCUGAAUCCCUUUCAUUUUGAAAUAAAGGUAAAAUGUUAGUAACAGAUAGGAGCCUUUCUUUGGCCAAGUGGAAAGGUUCAGUUUUGAAGGUUUUUUGCGACUUUCACCUUUAAAACGUAUAACUUUGCGUGUAGAUUGAUGUGGUUUCUGGAGAAGCUCAUUGUAAGCCAGCCGUUCUCUGGCAGACAGUGGUUUUUACCAUAAUUGAUGUGUUUGUUUUGCACCUUGAAUAUUACUUUUACUCUUAACACAACACGAAAGUCUUGUCAGUAAAUAAAUAGCCACUAUAUACAGCUGCGUGAUGAUGACAUCAUCUCUUAAUCAGUCUGACUGCAUUGGGGGUUGGGGGGGGGGAGGAUUCAGAUCAUGUGAAGUAAUCUUCUGGGACCUGACUAAGUAUGUUGCUAAUGGGUGAAUGCAAGAAGGAUAGCGGGGGGAGGGGGGGCCAGGGGGUGUUGCAUCAGCGAUGAUGGGCAAACAUUUCGCUGAGAGUCAGAAAAUGUCAGUAUUGUCUUCCCUCUGUACAAACCAAGACUGACCAAUUUCCUGCUUCAAAUGAAAACUGGACACAGUUUAAUCUCUGUGACCCCCCCCCCCCCCCCAUGCUGUGUGUCACACAGCUUGCUGCUUAGUUACCGAGAACAAACAGAGUAUUUAGGUUUUUUUUUUUUUUUAAAGACAUACAUAAAGAGCAAAAAACCAGAGACAUUUCUAACACUUCCUUUUUGAGCUUUUAAUUCCCCUCUCCAUAUGGAGAUAGAGCAGGUAGGCGGUACCGGACUCAGCUGUGAUUGGCUGCGGAGUCCGUGAGAAGGGUGGUGCGCCUAUAGCCAGCAUCCCUCCUGCCUGAACCACCCAAUCAGCUUCACUGUAUUCAUGUAUGAUAGCUGGAGAAUGUACCUUUCUCUCGAUGACAUUCAGACACGUGUUCUAACACACAGGUCAUACACUCGGGGCUUACUGGAAUAUUCCAGAGAGAACUUCAUUACAUCCUUCUGUGGUCAACAAAGAUAAUGUAACACAUGCUCCCAUAGUUCAAAAUGGAAUUAUUUUAUUGUGCAAGUUGGCAUGGUGGUUUGUUGCUGGAAAAUAUAUAUUUUUUCCUCUUCACCUUUAUCGAGAUGUGAUAGCCUUCAAAUUUUUUUUUCCUCAUUAAUGUAUUUGUUAAUCUGUGGUAUGAUCUGGGCCAGUGGAAAUGACCUGUUUUCUCCCAAGUCUCAGUAAGUCUUUGGAAAAAAGUGCACUGAAAUGUCCCAUGUUAGCUGAAGUAUGGUAUCUGCUAAGCUGAAAAUGACAUUAAGACAAGGUCCAGUACUACUGUCUGAUUUUAAUGUCCGCUGUGUUUUAUACAGUAUCUGUAAUUUUCUGUUUUGUUCACUUGGAAAAUUUUUACUAAAAAUUGCAAAAGGUAUUGUGCAAAGAUGUAAUUUUUUUGAAGUACUUGAAAUGCAUUAAUAAAAAUAGAAAUGGACAAAGAAUUCCGACAAACUUAAA